CCCCCUGGAAGGAGGCUGCCGAUGAAGUCACUGUUGCCGCCGCUGCUGCUGCUUCGGGAGAGAGGCGCUGGAGCUCAUUUGACCCGAGCAGACGGAGGGACGAGGAGCAGAGGAGGGCCAGGAAAGGCAGGCCUAGCCGGAGAGGGUGGGAGCGCUUCUGGAGGGCACCUGCUAUUGUUGCUCCCGACGUCGCCAAGGCUUCCCGAUCGGUUGCGCUCUUCGAAGGCGCCGCGAGCCUCCCUGAAGCUCCUGCCAUUUCUCUCUCGCCAGUCCCCGGGACCGAGAUGCCGUCGGACCGGCCUUUCAAGCAGCGGCGGAGCUUCUCGGAUCGUUGUAAAGAGGUGCAGCAGAUCCGAGAACAGCAUCCAAACAAAAUUCCUGUUAUUAUUGAAAGAUACAAGGGGGAAAAGCAGCUUCCUGUGCUGGACAAGACCAAAUUCUUAGUUCCUGACCAUGUCAACAUGAGUGAAUUGGUAAAAAUAAUUAGGCGCCGGCUGCAGCUGAAUCCAACCCAGGCCUUCUUCCUGUUGGUGAACCAGCACAGCAUGGUGAGUGUUUCCACCCCCAUCUCGGAGAUCUAUGAACAAGAGAAGGAUGAAGAUGGCUUUCUCUACAUGGUCUACGCCUCGCAAGAAACCUUUGGCUACUGAUAAUACACCAAUGUCGUCAGAGGACUGACUCCAAACUGUUGCACCAACACCCCUGCCUCCCCAUCACUCCUCACUUUGGCAAAUCAGUGGAAGGAGAGGCGUGUGACCCAGGAGCGGCCCAAAAGCAACCGGUGUCCAUCCUGACUUCGCAGUGCAACAGACCAAGAUAGUUUGGGGGUGGUGGGGUGGUGUAUGUUUGCCUGUAUGUGUGUGGGGGGCACUCAGUGGUCUCUACUCUCUCCUUACCUUCUGCCCCUUGUGUGCACCAUUCCUUGUUCCUCCUCUCCACCUUCCCUGUCUCUCUUCCAUGAGCUUUAUGUCUUUCUCUUUUUCUUUUCUUUGUCCAAUGCCAAAUUGAUGAAGCUUUUAGAGGCUGCAGACAAAAAGAAACAACUUCCUCACCUGUUGGGACAUGGGGAUGGGCUUGUCCGCUGGACUUUUGUAAAAAGGCAAAAAUGUUUGAAGACAAAAAAAGCAAACUGUAAAGUAAAUUAAAACUACUAUCAUUGCUCUUUGCAUUUUUAUUUGAUUUUAAUUACUUGCAUAUCAAUUCUUGGUGCUACAAUGUAGAUGUAGGCAUCUUCUACAGGACUGUGUAUAAUGUAUAUCUUUUAGAUCUAUUGUUUUUCAAGCACGAUGGGGGAGUAUAAUUUGCUUGUAUUAGAUAGAUUCAACCAACCAACCCCAAGCUUCUUUGCACUUUAAAAAUGUAGUAGCGGUGAGAGUGGAGUUAGUUUAAUUUUCACUGAUCUGUUGUAAUCUGUGCUUCUCUGUCCAUAUUUAUUUUGGUUUUCUUUUUUAAAAAAGAAAAAUCAACCCGUUUUCUUUUUUCUCACAUGCAUGGAUUUCUCUAUUUUUGCUGUUCUUAGUCCCAUUGUGGCAAACAGAACAUUCAAUGAAAGGAUGUGCUGAUUUAUAUUGCUACUUUUUCUUUCUUUCUUUCUUUCUUUUUUUUUUUAAAAAAUAUACCAAAAAAGUUUGUCUGAAAGGAAAAACAAGUGCACCAUCAAAUCUAUAAAUAUCUAUAUAAAUAAAGGUAAAUGAAAAUUG